UCCUAUUCCGCUCUCCCAUUCCCAGACAUCCCGGAUUCUACCGCUACCCUAUAUAUAUAAAUGCCAGCCUUUUCGUGUUAUUGCUAUCCCAUUCUUCCAUUCUUUCUCCUUCCAUCCUGCCGCCAUGACCAUCGUUCUCACUCCCUACGUGUCCGGGGGCGCUCAGAAGCUCAAGGCAGCCUCCCAGUCUCCCGCAGGACCCAAGCAUGGUCUGACACCCCCCGCCCUCGACGACGCCGUCCACGCGCUUCGCUGUCUUGCCCAGCUGCGCUCCAAGGAUAAGGGCAUCGAAAAGUACAUCUACCUCUCCAUGCUCAAGGAGCAGGAUCCCGCCAUGUUCUACAAGCUCUGUCUCGCCAACAUGUCAGAAUUCACGCCCAUCAUCUAUACCCCAACCGUCGGCGACGCUUGUCUGCAGUACUCGCACAUCUACAGGCGUCCCGAAGGCUUAUAUGUGUCCAUCAAGGACAAGGGCAAUAUCAAAUCUGUCAUUUCCAAUUGGCCUCGAGUCGAUGAGGCCAGAAUCAGCGUCGUCACUGAUGGCUCUCGUAUUCUCGGCCUGGGUGACCUUGGUAUCAAUGGUAUGCCUAUUUCCAUCGGAAAGCUCUCUCUCUACAUUGCUGGCGCCGGAAUUCGUCCCACAUCAACCAUUCCCAUAUGUCUUGAUCUUGGAACAAACAAUCAAGCUUAUCUGGAUGAUCCGCUAUACCUGGGCCUCCGCGAAAGGCGCGUGCCCGACAAUGAGAUGACAGAAUUCAUGGACGAAUUCAUGGACGAGAUGUCCGUCGCCUUCCCGAAAUUGAUGGUUCAAUUCGAGGACUUUUCCACGGACCAUGCAUUCGCGUACCUUGAGCGGUAUCGGAACAAAUAUCCCGUUUUCAACGAUGACAUUCAAGGAACAGGAGCUGUCGUGCUCAGUGGAUUCCUCAACGCCGCCAAGAUCUCAUCUGCGGUGUCCGGGCGCCCGUUGAGCAGCCAUCGGAUUCUGUUCUUCGGCGCGGGGUCGGCCGGUGUCGGUGUUGCUUCGCAGCUCAUGAGUUUCUUCACGAUACAAGGCCUGUCGGUCGACGAGGCACGGGAACGUGUUUGGUUGGUUGACUCACAGGGCCUUGUAUAUGAUGCUCGUGGCAAACUGGCGGAGCACAAGAAAUACUUCUCGCGUAAGGACUAUGAAGGCCCGCCUAUGAAGAACCUCCUUGAUAUUAUUGACUAUGUGAAACCCACCGCUUUACUGGGUCUUUCAACGAUAUCUAAUGCUUUCAACGCGGAAGUUAUCCGAGCAAUGAGCGCGCUCAACGCUCGUCCCAUCAUCUUCCCUCUGUCUAACCCAGUCCGUCUAUCCGAAUGCACGUUCAGUGAUGCUGUGGAGAACUCCAACGGCAACGUACUGUUUGCAUCGGGCUCCCCUUUCGAUCCUAUCGAGUACAACGGCAAGACUUUAUACCCAGGACAAGGCAACAACAUGUACAUCUUCCCUGGUUUGGGUUUGGGGUCAAUCCUCUCGAGGGCAAAGAGUGUGACAGACACGAUGGUUGAGGCCGCAUCUCUCGGAUUAGCAGAGUCAUUGACGCCCGAGGAACAUGAUGCCGGAUUGUUGUACCCCAGGAUUGAGAGGAUUCGUGAAAUUAGUGCAAACAUUGCUAAGGAUGUUAUUCGUGCUGCUCAGAAAGCGGGCGUCGAUCGCUCGCCGGAGCUUCGGGAACCGAAUGACGAUGACGUUUACAAGCGGGUACAAAGCAAGAUGUGGACCCCUUAAAAUUUUUAUUCGUAUUUGCUUUGAUGCUAUGCUCUCCACUGGUUUUCUUUUUUUGGCAUUCAUCUUCCACUUGUAGACCUAGCGUAUGGGGUAAUUAUAUAUAAUUUGGAUUGAAUACAACAGGUGAUAUAGAGCCUUGUGCAAUCCUCCACCCAAGAUGUCUUCAAGCUGCAGACCACACCGAUCGAGCCUCCGACUGUUGCGACUUUGGAAGCACGGGAGAAGGAACAGUCCCGGAUCCAGCCUCACUUCGAGAAUAGGACCAGAUCAGGCUGGGAGUGAAAUUCCUUAUGAUAGAUUCUGUCGUCGUUAGUAGUGUUCCU